GUGUGUGUGUGUGUGUGUGUGUGUGUGGACUUUACUCCUGAGGGGACUUUUGAGGGGACAUGUUGGCGUAUAAAGCAGGAGUGAGGCUGAGGAGGAGCAGACCUCAGGAAGAAGAUGAAGACCUUCAAGAACUUUGCUGUGCUGCUUGCAGCUCUGCUAGCUGUGGCGUGUGUGUGUGAGGGUGUGACCUUCGGCCAGCUCUGCGAGGGUAACUCCAUGAACACGAAGAGGACGUCAGACAGCUGGGGCCAGGGUCACUACGGGGCCCCCCGCGGCUCCAGGACCCACCAAGGUGUGGACAUCGCUUGCCAAGACGGCUCGGUGGUCUACGCUCCUUUUGACCUGACUCUGGGCGGCAAGCUCAUCGUCUACAGCGACUCCGCCGGCAAGGAGGCCAUCAACAGCGGCAUCAACCUGCGGGGGGAAGGUCUGUGCGUCAAGCUCUUCUACGUGGACCCUGACCAGACAUCUGGGACCGUGUACAAGGGCCAGCGUAUCGGCGUCAUGAUGCCCAUGCAGAGCGUCUACCCAGGGAUCACCUCGCACGUGCACGUGCAGAUGUGCGAUAAGAGCGACCCCACGCCCUACUUCUAAACCACUUUUCAUGUUGACCGCCUCAAAUGUUCACUUCAGCCUCCAUCACAACUUUAUUGACAAAUAGUGGCAAUAAUCUGACACGCAACAAUAUGUUGCAAAUAGUCCGGCCAGCACGUGUCAUUAAUAAAGAGGUCAACUUGUG